AUGGGUGAACAUAACGUCGUUAUUGCUGUCAUUCCCGAUGGGGAAUAUGGAACAGCUUCUGCGGCCAAUGUAGCGACAAACAUGCUGAACAGUUUUCAUAACAUCAGGAUCGGCCUUAUGGUCGGUAUUGGCGGUGGUGUACCAAGCGAAAGUCAUGAUAUUCGCUUAGGUGAUAUCGUGGUUAGUGCACCUCGUGGUAGUGAGGAUGGUGUGUUUCAAUACGAUUUUGGCAAAUCGAUCCAGGGCCAAACAUUUCAGCAGACGCGGUUCCUUAACCAGCCACCAACUAUACUACGCACUGCCAUUUCGGGAAUUCAAGCACAAUAUAAAAGGAAAGGGCAUAAACUCCAGGAAGUCACCAAUAACAUUGUCAACGGAAACCCUAGGCUACAUCACGGACACGAAUAA